GCUCCGCCCACUGCACCUUCUAGUUCCUGUUUUCUGUGGCCAUGUGUUUUUGCGUGCACAGCUUGACUGACCUUUAAUUUCAUGUAGAUGACUAGUUAAUAUCCAGUUAUUAUGACUAAUGGAGGAUCUUCAUUAGGGAAUGAUUUAUUAACCGAUCACGAUAAGUUUCGCUAGCUGCUACUAGAGAAGCCUGACUAUAGUCUGACUGAUCGCAGGAGUCGGUAUAGCGGUGCAGUCCGGCUGAUGGCGGCUCUGUGGCGGCUCGUGAUGCGCUUGUCGCCUCGCGUUCAGACUGUGAGACUCUGCAGAUCAAACGGACACAAAACCGAUGAUCUCCUGAAGAACGACGCGGUUCAGAGACACAUUAAACGCGUGAUCGACGAGCAGACGGGCAUUUCUAGUCGGUUAGAGAGCGGACAGAUGACCGAGUCUGACAGGAGAGCGUUAAACCUGCGGCUUGUUGAAGUGUCGAAGGUGGUGAAGGCGUUUGAGAGAACUCAACUAGCGCUCAGAGAACUGACAGAGAUACAGACUCUCAUUCACAACACCAGAGAUGGAGACCAGCAGAUGCUUUCGCUCCUGCGAGACGAACAGGAAGAGCUGAGCAGAAAAGUAGAGAUGCUAAACAAGGAGCUGAUUGAGACGCUGGUUCCCGCUGAUGAUCUGGACAGCAGAAGCGUCAUCCUGGAGGUGGCAGCGGGACGGACCACCGGAGGCGACAUCUGCCAGCAGUUCACCAGAGAGAUGUUUGACAUGUACCAGGGCUUCUCCUCCUAUAAACAAUGGGACUUUGAGCUCUUCAAUUACACUCCGGCAGAUUACGGUGGUCUCCAUCACGCGGCCGUGAGGAUCUCCGGUGAGUCUGUGUACCGCUGGCUGAAGUUCGAGGGCGGGACGCACCGGGUCCAGAGGAUUCCUGAAGUGGGUCUGUCGUCACGCAUGCAGCGCAUUCACACGGGAACCAUGACGGUCAUCGUGCUGCCGCAGCCACGUGAUGUGGACAUUCACAUCGCGGCUAAAGACCUGCGGAUAGACACGUUCAGAUCGCGCGGCGCAGGCGGACAGAGCGUCAACACCACCGACAGCGCCGUACGCGUGGUUCACCUGCCCACAGGCACAGUAGCCGAAUGCCAGCAGUUUCGCUCUCAGCUGCAGAACCGCGAUACGGCGCUGCGUGUGCUGAGAGCCCGACUGUACCAGAGCACCGUGGGACAGCAGAGAGAGCAGACGCACGCCGCACGCAGACAACAGGUCGGCACUCGAUCUCAGUCAGAGAGGAUCCGCACUUAUAACUUCAGUCAAGAUCGCGUGACGGACCACAGGAUCGGUUAUGUGACACGUGACAUCAAGGAGUUCAUGAGGGGAGGUGAGGCUCUGGAAGAGGUGCUCAGACUCCUGCAGGAGAACCAGGAGAGAGAAGCUCUGCUGAAACUGGUGCAGAACAUCAGCUGAUCAUCAGGAGAAACACAACAGAAGAAGAGCGACAGCAGAUGAGGAUCUGGUGACUCUGAUCUUCAGUCUCAUCCAGACGAUGAGAAAGAGAGAGUGAAGACUCGUCUGAUUGACAAAGAAUGUGCGACAUGUUCCUCUGAUCUACACGCCCGUCAAUAAAAACACGCC